AUGAUGAAAGAGGAAUUCUUAAAACAAUUAAUUCAAAAUGUUCGCGCUAUCAACACAACAUGUUUACGAAAGGCAGAUGAGUUCGGGAUGGGCGUGUCCACAUGUAACUGGAUGUGUAGGGGCCAGUCCUCGCCAUGUGAAGGUAACUGCAGUUAUUUUGACGCCGACAAACGCGUACAGAGUCUGACGUCAUACUGCUCAAACAUGAGUGUACAUGCCGCCGUUGAGCGCGUGAAGAUGAAAGUAUUUGACGUCAGCAAGUCAACAGCAUUAGAUGUGGGCGUGGUUUUGUACGGUUAUGUAACUCCAGUUCUGUGUAUAUUGGUAAUACUUCUCAACACCCUCUUGGUGGUCAUCUUGUCCAGUAGAAAGAUACGGUCACCUACCAAUAUGAUAUUAUGUUGUAUUGCUGCGCUAGAUACGUUGACUAUCCUCUUCCCUUUGCCGUGGUAUAUGUUCUUUUACACAUCUGGAGGUUAUGAGGAGUAUGUAUCAUUUUCUUGGUGUGUAGUAUACAAAUACACGGCUCUAGUUCUCCCUACUGUAUGCCACAAUAGCUCCCUGUGGCUCACUGUGGCUUUAGCAGUCCAUCGUUACAUAGGGGUGUGCCACCCCCGCAUAAGCAAAUUCACGUCAUCUUACAAAGCUGUGACAAUCUGCCUAUUGUCCAUUUUGGUUAUCACAAGCGUAAUGCAGUCUGCCAUUUUUCUACUUGAGGAUGUAGAACCAGUGAGAGUAGUCGGAAAGGAACUCUUCGUUAUUUCCGGUGUCAAAUAUGUUGAUACGUGUUCUAUUGUGUUCAAAACAGGGACAGAUAAUUAUCUGUACUCUAUGAAAGCCUAUUUAUGGACGAGGAUGAUUGUUGUGGAACUUCUACCCACGACCUUGUUGUUGGUUUUUAAUAUUUUGCUCAUGAAGAAAACAUGCGAUAGCUACAGAUACAGACAACAACUCGUUAGCGGAAACGAAACCAUGAGUAAAUCUGACUUCCGGGAGUGCAUGCGCACUACAAUCAUGCUGCUGACGUUGUGUAGCUUCUGCGUUUUGGUAGAAAUACCUGUUGCCACUAUUUUAUUUUUGAUGUUGAUACAGACCAACACAGGUUACCGUAUUUUUACUUCGCGUGGAGCGAAAGUUGCAGUAACUUUAGUUAACUUUGUUCUGUUUCUCAGUUUUCCUGCCAAUUUCGCUAUUUGUCUUGGAUUGAGCGAGAAGUUCCGGAAAACACUGAAGCAAACAUGGCGAUCGCGAGAUCGCUCUCAUUCUGUUUCGGGUAUGUCUACAAGCAUGUUUAGCAUGAAAAUGAGUAAUUCACAUGAUACACAAAGUAGUAUUCCAAUGUUAACAUCAGUAACACAGGACAAAACAGUAGAAUCUCGUCUGUGA